UCAGUUUAAAUUCCAUUUCAUUUGACUUUAUCUCUUUUCUCAUUUUCUCAGAACAGCGGAGGUUCUGAGUUGAAGCAUCACAGCAGCUGCUGCAGAUGAAGGUGAUGAAGUGCCUCAGUCACAGGUGGAGUCUUCACAUGACAAAAGUAGAUCAACUGUAAUCUGAGGAAAUGAAGUCUCUCUGUUUCAACUUCUUUUCCUUUUUCUGUCACACUGAGGGUAGCUCAGAGAACUUCCUCGUAAGAGAUGCUGCUUUCCGGUGCCAACCUCAGAUAGACCAAAGCUGACUGAAAAUUUUAACACAUGCACGGGAAGGGGGGGCGGGGGGAGGGAGGAGACGGUGACACUGAAAGAACAGGAAGUCUCGGUGAGAAUUUUGAGUUAGUCACCCGUUUGAGCAGCACAAGACAUCUCUCAGUGACAGCAUCAGAGGUGUUAGGUGUUAUUAACUCCACAGUUUCCAGAUGGCGUCUGGUUCAACCUCCGGGGCAGAGGAGCCGCCACCAGCACUGCCUAUCAAACAGCACAGAGUUAGCGUGGAGUCUGAAUCCUGUGCAUUGCUCAGCCCUGUUGGAGUCAACGACGUGUUCAUCGAACCCAGAGAGUGUCUGGCGGCUCAUUGUCCUAUACACCAGCGUUACGAUUCCUCUCAACACCAGCAGAGAUUCUUCUCAGACAGAACUCCACCUCCAGUUCCAAGGAAGAGGUUCGUUCGAACGCUCUCCUUCCCUGCCACCAGUUUGUCUCUACAAUGUCCACAGUCUCCCUUGUCUCCUGUGCUGAAGAACCCUCAAAACUUUGACAACCCGUUGUACAUGCUGGCACCCAUACCCAACCACUGUUUCCAUCAGUGUCCUGAAGAGCUAGGGCCAGCUAGGAAGUCUGCCUCCUACUGGUCCUCCUUCUCCCUGCUGUCCUUUGACACCGCAGAUGAACACCUGUCCCUCCUGCUCAGCUCCUGUGACGACCACAGCGCCCUCUAUCAGGUCAUUCAGCAGUGUCAUCUGCUCUGCCUGAGAAGUUUGUCACAGAGCCUGGAGUCCAGGAUCCUGCUGAGAGAUGAAGGUGCAGAUAACCAUCUUAGCUCGUACCAGCCUCGUGACUUCCUGCUGCAAUCAGACAGUCAGCCGACGGAGGUCGGAGACCGUGUUUACCACAGUCUACAGAGCCACAGGUUCCCAGGGAGGAGGCUCGCCUUAAAGGUGCACGAUCAUGCAACUGACAAUCCACUCAAACACCAGCCACCACACGUCAACGUGCAGAACACAGUAGCUCACUUUAGGCCUGGAAUUGAUGUAUCAGAGUGCACUACUGCUAACCCUCCAGGUGGGGGCAUGGCAGAGUAUUCUACAGCUCCUGUCGAUGCUCUGACCACAGUGGAGUGUCUUCUCCAGAAAGGCCUGACCGUCAGCGUGGAGAGAGACCUGCCCCAGGCCACUCUGGAGGACUUGGUCCAGGAACGUAGCCUGAUGCGGGGUUCAGAGGGUCUGGACUGGGGCAGGAUGCUGUGCAUUCUGUUGCAGCAGAUAUUACUGGGUUCACAGCAUCUGUACGACACCAGUGGCACCGUUCCUGACCUUAGACCUCAGAAGAUCUUUCUAGUGUGGCCAUACAGGGAGACAAGUGAGGGUCUGAAGACCGGCAGAAUGAAAGAGGACAUGGAGUGGCCUGGAGAAAAGAGGAAAGGAACAGUCCACAUGUUAUGGAGGACUUGUGGCUCCCCUCGUGUUGUUAUAGGCCCACAGUCUUCUGAUCUGGUUGCUCCUCCUCACUCCCUGAUAUCCCAGAUUAGUUCUCUGAUUAAAUACUUUUUGGGCACACAGUCUGCACGCCCAGACGCUGACCAAAGUCUGGUCCAGGACUCGUGCCAAGAAGUCCUGUUUGACCUCUCCUCCCUGCUGCAAAAUGACAACAACAGACUCCAAUUAGCAGACGCGGUGGUCAUGCUUCAGGUGCGUCUGUGGGGUCCACCCGUCUCACUCUACAAAGACACAGCAGCUGUCCACAACUGGCUGAUGGUCAAACGAGCUCUGCUACUGACCAGGCUGGCAGAGAGAGGGCUGAGCCCAGAAAGACCAGCUUUGGACUGGGAGCAGUGUAUGUGUCUGCAGUACCUGUCAUCCACCAACCCAGAGACCAUCGUGGCUGUGGCCAGUCAGACGUGAAGACAGACUCUUGUCCUUUACGCUCAUCUCAGAGCAGAAAUGACAUCUGACUGAGAAAUGGCCGUAUCAGACAGCCACCAGUCAUUUUCUCUUCAUUUUUGGCUCUUCUUGGUUUCUGUUGAAAUCCUUUCAUGAAAAUGGAUCUGGUGAAAAUAUAUUGUGUGCUCUA